AUGGGGAAAGCUUCCAGGGAUAAGCGGGAUAUCUACUAUAGAAAGGCCAAAGAAGAGGGCUGGCGAGCUCGAAGUGCCUUCAAGCUCCUUCAGAUUGACGAGGAAUUCAACAUUUUCGAAGGGGUGAAGCGUGUGGUGGAUUUAUGCGCAGCUCCUGGUAGCUGGAGUCAGGUUUUGAGUCGUAAACUUUAUCUUCCAGCAAAGCUUUCACAGGAUUCAAACGAUGAGGAUCCUCCUCUUAUUGUGGCUAUUGACCUUCAACCCAUGGCUCCAAUUGAAGGUGUUAUUCAGGUGCAGGGUGAUAUUACUAAUGCUCGGACAGCUGAAGUUGUCAUUCGGCAUUUUGAUGGCUGCAAGGCUGACCUCGUGGUUUGUGAUGGUGCCCCUGAUGUUACUGGUCUUCAUGACAUGGAUGAGUUUGUUCAGUCCCAGCUCAUACUAGCGGGGUUGACCAUUGUCACGCACAUUCUUAGAGAAGGUGGUAAAUUCAUUGCUAAAAUUUUCCGUGGCAAAGAUACAAGUCUUCUCUACUGCCAGCUUAAGUUAUUUUUCCCACUUGUCACUUUUGCUAAACCAAAGAGCAGCCGUAAUUCUAGCAUAGAGGCAUUUGCAGUUUGUGAGAAUUAUUCCCCUCCAGAGGGUUUCAAUCCAAGAGACUUGCACCGCCUCCUCGAAAAGGUCGGGAGCCCCUCCGGUGCAGAUGAUCUUGAUUGCAGUAGCGGGUGGCUAGAAGGGCCGAACAAGGUCUACAUCCCGUUCCUAGCGUGUGGAGACCUUAGCGGCUACGACUCGGACCGAUCAUACCCUCUUCCCAGAAACUCAGAAGGGGUUUACCAGAGCUUGAAUCCAGUUCAGCCCCCUAUUGCCCCUCCUUAUAAGAGAGCCCUCGAGAUGAAGAAGGCCUCCGCUCAGGGCGCUCAAAUAGACUUUGAGAAGCUUGCUUUGGAUUCUUCCAACAAAAGUUCUGUGAACUAA